AUGGAUCCACAGCAGUCCCUCCCCAACCCUGAUGACAACUCGAAGCCAGUCCUACGUGGUGCUCGCGCGUGCACCGUCUGCCGUGCUGCCAAGAUGAAAUGUGUUGGCGCCGAAGACGGCCAGAAGCAGUGCCAACGGUGUAAACGGGCUGGCCAAGAAUGUGUAUUCGAGAAGCACCGUCGUGGCCGUAAACCCGGUUCAAAGCUCUCAGAGGCCUCUAAAAUGCUCCGUCGCCUGGAGAAGGGGCUGAACAGUGCGAAGCUCAAAUCGCAAUCCAACGAGGCUGCCCUCGCGGCUUCCUACCCUCCGAACGACUCCCGAAGUGAAGCCACCCACCCGCUCCGUCCUGAUGAACGCCCGUUUCCUCAAACCCACUUCCCCUCCAACCAAUUACCGCCGCUUAACUUACCAGCUUACCAGGCUAACGGGUAUCCCAACUCCGCGUCGUCAGUGAGGCAAAUGGAAAUCGACGAGGAGGACGAGGACCGAAACGAUGAAGGACUCUUCCCUGCCAAACUAAUCAGAAAAGAAGAGAACCAACGUAACUCGUUCUUCCGGACCAUCCUGAAUCCGGAAGAGACCCCUGUAGCUGCGAGCAGCAACUCGAAUCGACAAUCACCAUAUGUUCCCCCGCCCCGCGCCACUCCUCCCAGCGGCUUGAACGACCCUGUUACCGCCGGCCUCAUAGACGAGAAGGAGGCGCAAGUUUUAUUCGAUCUCAUAUUCCUACGCCUUAAUCCUUUUAUCAACCUCUUCGACCCGGAAUUGCACUCUGUUUCUUAUGUCCGCUCUCGCUGCCCAUUCCUCUUCACCACGCUUAUUAUGGCCGGCUGCAAAUUCUUCAAGCCCCAGUUAUUUGACAAGUGUAAGCGCCUUGCUAACGAGUUCGCUGUUCGGGCCUUCGCCGAACAGUGGAAACGUGUAGAGGUGGUACAGGCAUUCGCUUGCUUGACAUACUGGAAGGACCCUGAUGACACUCGAACCUGGAUGUUUAUUGGUUACGCUUGCCGCAUGGCCAUCGAGUUGGGGUUGAACCGUUAUGUAGCCCGGCCACCACCCAACGAGACCGACAUCCAGAUGCUCGAGCGACGCAAUCGGGAACGCACCUACCUCGUCUUGUGGGUGCAUGACCGAAGCUUAAGUACCCAGACCGGUCGUCAGUACAUGCUGCAAGAGGACGAACUUGUUAGACACUCCGAGACUUGGCACGAAGAGGGUGGUCGCGUCCCACGGCCUGAAGACGUUAUUGUGGCGGCCAUGGUUCAAUUACGUCGUGUGGCAUCGGAGACCACCGACAUGUUUUAUUCAUCUAAAGGACCAGGCAUCAACCACCAAGACGUAAAUUACGACGUUGUCCUACACAACUGCAAUGGGAAGCUCUCCUUAUGGUCUGACGCAUGGACUCGGGAGAUGCACCGAGCUCACGGGGAAACGUUCCAUUUCUCCUUUUUGAAUCUAUUCCGCCUUGGUGUCCGUCUAUUCUUGAACAGCUUCGGCAUCUCCGCUGCGAUGGCUCCAGGGAGCCGUGCAAGUCCCAGCACGCAGGCACUAUCGGUGUGUUUUGCAAGUGCAUCGGACUCCUUGAUCAUCCUGUCAAAAGACUUUGCCUCAAUGAGCAUGCUUCGCUAUGGUCAAGAUUCAAUAACUGUUAUGUCUGCAUAUGCGGCUAUUUUCUUGUUAAAGCUUCUUCGCUCCCCCAACACGGUUGCCCUGCUUCCCGAUGGCGCUGCAGAAGACAGUUGCGCACUCAUCACCAGGACGGCGAAUGCAUACCAUGAAGUCUCGACCUUGUCCCAGACGUCAACAUUGGCGGCCUAUCACUCACGGUUCCUGCACAGCUUGGUCGCAAGCAGUGAAAUAUCUAAUUCAUCCCGCCGAAUGGAGAAGGAACGUUCCGACAAUAGUAUACAGAUUGAUCCUCGGCUCCAAGGGAGUACUUCGUCGCAUAGUUCCGUCCAGUCGUCCCCGCCGCAGAUGCAUUCACACCAUCCGCCUAACUCUGCCGACCAGUCCUUCCAUUUCCCUGCCUCACCUAAUAUUCCAGCUCAUCCCACGCAGCAAAACCAUUUCGCCGUCGACGGGACCUUGAGAGGCAGACAUCCUUCGAACACGGCAGCGAACGUCUAUGCUGGAUCAAACUACUUCCCCGGGAUGGUACCCCAACAUGCAUCUGAACUUGAUGCCAACUAUUGGAAACAUAUGUUGCUAGAGCUAGGAAUGGGAUACGGGGAACACGCCGAGACAACUGGGGACGCAAAUGUGGACCAAGAUCAGCGACACAUGUCCGGACACCCAGAGCAGCCGCAUCAGCAGUAUCAGCAUGCUAUCCAUCAAGGUCACCCCAGUCAAGGACAUCAAGUGUCAUACCAACACCUGCAAACCUCGCAGGGAUACGAUCAUUAA